AUGAGAACUGAAGAUGUGAGCUCUGAGGAAGAUUUUUUACCAUCAGAUAAAGAGUAUAUUCCAAACAGUGAUGAAGACUCUAUAGAUCGUGAAUUUGAGAAACGAAGACAGAUAUAUAUACCAGAAUCAGAUACGUCGUCCAUCGAUGAGCUGGAAAAUAUUAGACAUGACGGAAUGACACAAUCAUUGAACAAUACUCCCUCAGAUAUUCAGCCAGAGUUAUCACCUCAAAUUUCUGUAAAGAAGAGUCGUAAAAGAACUUUAAAUAAAUUAAAAUGGAAAUGCAAUUUAAGAAAGCAAGGCGCAAUCACAGGCAAAUCUUAUACUUCUAAGAAAGGAAAAGUUGUUCCAGAAAAGAAGAUGAAACCAGCAUGUGAUUGCAGAUUGAAAUGUAAUGAACGUAUAAACGACGCUAUUAGACAAUUCAUUUAUCAAAAGUAUUACGCGGAAGAGAUGACGUGGGAUUUAAAAAGACAAUUUAUUAUAUCUAGAGUCUCAGAAGUUCAAACUGCUAGAUCCAGACGCCGUGACCCUGAUCAACCACCUAAAAGAGUAUACACAUUAAAUUACACAUUUUUAAUUGAUGAAAAAGUCGAAAAGUUCUGUACUGAAGAGGGUAUACCGAAAGAGAAUAUGGCAAAGGCGUGGCUAUACAGACAUAUUUUUAAUACAGAGUUUAAUCUCGGUUUCAAUCCUCCUGCUAAUGAUACUUGUGAUGAUUGCGAUACAAAGUUGUGGACUUUUAACUUCACAAUUAUGGAUUCAGUUCCCAAAGAAAGUUGGUGUUUUAUGUGGGAUGAGACCGUGGCAGGACGAGGCGGAAACGAAAUGGCGUCAGGAAUAGUUAAGUUUUUUGAGCAGCUAAACGAUAGCGCAUUGAAAGAAGUAACAGUAUGGAGCGACAACUGUGUGGGGCAAAAUAAAAAUAUUUAUUUAAUGAUGGCUUAUUUGUGGAUAUUGUCACAAAAAGAAAAUAUAGAGGAAACAUUCGAAGAAGUUAGUUUCGUAAGAAAUAAAUGGAAAAGAUUUUCUAUACCCACGCCGAAACCUAUACGAGAAAACCCAAGACCUAUUUCGAGACUCAAGUAUAACGACUUACAAAAAUCGUUGCAGUGGAUACCAGCCAUGUUCCAUGACUAUUACAGGAAUCUUCCAUGUGCAGAUGUCCCGGACUUACCUGAAGCGUGCGAGUAG